CCCAGUAUGACACAUACAACUAAUUCAUUGGAUACGGACUCUGGACACACCAAAGAUAAUAAUUUCGAGCUAUUAGACGAUUUUUUAAGUUCUAGUAUGGUUGUUCCAAAUGAGUCAACUAAUGUCUAUGCAAAGAUUGAAACAUUAAAGUUACCAGUGAUGAAAGCGAAUACUGAUGUUUUAUGUUUCUGGAAAUACAAAAAGACAACCGAUCCCGAACUUUAUGCCCUAAGCAAAGUAUGUUUUGCUAUACCGCCAACUCAAGUUACAAUAGAGAGAGCGUUUUCCUCGUUAAAACUGGUGCUGUCCGAUAAUCGAAAUCGAUUAAGUCAUGAGACUUUGGAGAACAUACUUUUAGUUAGGCUUAAUUCGAAUCAUUUAGAUAGUGCUAUAGAUAAUUUAAGUUUAUUUGAAAAUGAAGAUUAGUAGAUGUUUAUGUAGUAAAAGUUCGUCAUAAGCUUUAAUUUCUAAU